UAAGUCUUUUGGAUGUUGCCAUUGGUUGAACUCGUACUGUUGCAGGAAGCAGGCAUUGUGCUUCACUACCUAGCUACUAUUUUCCAACGCAAUACGCAUAAAUAAUCUGAACAUUUUCAACGAUGAUGCGAAGACCCCGAACAACAACGGCCAAAGUUGUAGAGAAAGGAGAUAACGUUAUGGACUCAGACUUGUCUUUUUCUCAGACAGUGAGUAGUGAUGAGGAUAGUGAUGAAUGGAGGCCAGCAGAGCCAAAGCCAAAAGCCCCCAGCAAGACUGCCAGAGCCCCUGCAGCAGCCCGGGAGAAGAAAACAGCUGCCAAGAGAACUGCUAAACCAAAGGAGCCGAAAGCACCCAAACAACCUAAAGCUCCUAAAGUGCCUAAAGUUCCUAAGCCAAGAGCACCACGCAAAACUGCAGCAGAGCGAAAAUCACAGGCCCCCAAAGUUCUGAAGGGUUCUGGUGCAUCUGGAUUGACUGGAACAAAGAGGAAAAAUAUUGAUGAAAGCAAAAAGGAUGAUAAGGCUGGAGAAGACAAAGGAGAAGAAGAAACAGACUGUCCAGAGGUAGAGAGGACAGAAGAGAGUGGGCCUAGUAUCAGAAUGAAGGAGGAGAGGGUGUCAUUUAUCGUGUCAGAAGCCCAUCAGGCAGAAAGAUGGGCAGGCGAAGGGUCAUCACUAGCUGGCCUUAAAGCAAAGAAAGAGGAAGUGGAGGAGGAGGAUUUCACUUUUGAUGAGCCGUGUCAAAAGAAACAGAAGACCAGUGGUGCCUGCUUGGGACAACCAACUGCUUUACCAUCAUCAGAAGCACACACUCUGAGGAAUGAACUCAAUAUGAACUGGGACUUGAUAGAGCUGCUGUCCAAUCUGACAUGUGUGGAGCGAUGGGUGUGUGUAAAUAUCAUUCGGCUGCUUCGUGAGGACAACACCGUUCCGUUCAUGGUGCGCUACCGCAAAGAGAUGAUUAACCACAUGGACGCCGAUGCUGUCCGAGAUGUCCAGCUGGUAUAUGAGGAGAUAUGCUCUCUAGCUAAGAAGACCCAGUCUGUGAUUCAGACCCUGAAGAAGGACGGGGUUUUGACAGCUGAGCUGGAACAAAACCUGAGGAGCUGCCGAUCAGCUGAUGAACUGGAUCAUGUGUAUUCUCCCUAUAAGAAAGGCAGUAAGCUGACGAAGGCUCGCAGGGCCAAAGCACUCGGCCUUGAGGCAGCCGCCUCUGCCCUCAUGGACGCACCGCACACUCUGGAUUUAAGGGCAUGGGUAAAACCUGGUACAGAAGGUCUGUCAUCGCUGGAAGAAGUGGCUACAGGUGUGGAGCAUAUCUUGGCUGAUAUGAUAGCUAAAGACCCUGAGACACUGACCUACGUGAAAACAUUGUGUGAGAACAGCUUUGUGACCAUCCAGUCCUCUGUGUCCAAGUCAGCACUAAAGGAAAAAGAGCAGCACAAGUCCGUCCAAGGCCACAAAGCACCAGGGGCCCAGCAAAAUAAAAACAAGGACAUUGACAAGUUUCACCUCUACGUUGACUUCACCUGCAACAUCCAUCGCAUCCAGCCCCAUCAGACCCUGGCAAUCAACAGAGGGGAGAGUCUGAAGAUUUUGACGGUGAAAGUGAACAUUCCCGACAAGGUGAAGAGUGACUUCACUCGGUGGUGCAUCAACAACAGGUGGAGGCAGAGGACGUUUGCAAGAGAUGAACUUCGCACAAUCAUCAAGAAUGCAGUAGAGGACUCUUAUAAAAGGCUUAUUCUGCCUUUUCUCACUAGAAGUUACAGGACUAAGCUGACAAGUGCAGCAGAGAAGGAGUCAAUCGCCAUGUUUGUGCGGAACCUCCGUCAGCGCCUAUUGGUGUGUCCUGUCAGGGGCUGUGUCAUCAUGGGGGUGGACCCUGGCUUUAGACAUGGCUGUAAGCUGGCAGUUCUCUCCCCCACUAGUCAGAUUCUCCAUACUGAUGUUGUGUACCUGCAUAAUUCAGGCCAGCAAAAAGAAGCAGACAAACUGCGCCACCUUAUGAUUAAAUACAGCUGUUCCAGGGUUGUCAUUGGCAAUGGGACAGCGUGUCGUGAGACCGAGUCCGUCUUCGCUGACCUCAUCUCUAGGCGCUCUUUUCACCCCCUGGACGUGUCCUACUGUAUAACCAAUGAGGCAGGAGCAUCUAUCUACAGUGUGAGUCCUGAGGCGGUCAAAGAGAUGCCAGACAUGGACCCAAACCUUAGGAGUGCAGUAUCCAUUGGAAGACGUGUCCAAGAUCCACUGGCUGAGCUCGUGAAGAUUGAUCCUAAACACAUAGGCAUUGGAACAUACCAGCAUGAUGUGUCAGCCGGAGCUCUCAAGGCGGCACUGGACGGUGUGGUGCAGGAAUGCGUGAGCUUUGUCGGGGUGGACAUCAAUAUCUGCUCCGAGACGCUGAUGAGUGGCAAAUCCUCACCUCACCCUCUACCAGAGAAACCAGCAGCUAAGAAGGCCAAAGGAAAGACUUCCGUCAACAUACCAACCUCAUUUAACCCCUUGGACCAGACCUGUAUACACCCAGAGUCCUACCAUGUGGCACAGAGGUUUCUGUCCCUCAUGGGUGGGAGUGCAGACCAGAUCGGGAGUGCAGCCCUGCGGCAGUGUGUGGAGGGGAAGGUUAGGACCAGCAGUGUCGAGGAACUGGCCAGGACAUUGGACACCACACCUGAGACCCUCAAACUCAUCAUAGAUGGCCUCACGCAGCCCCCUGGGUUUGACAUAAGACAAAAUUUUGGGCAGGCGGACUUUAAGCGGGGCAUUGUGUCGAUGAGUGAUCUGCGGGUGGGUGCGGUGCUGACGGGCCGGGUGGACAACACAACUCUCUUCGGGGCUUUUGUAGACAUCGGCGUUGGCCGCGCAGGCCUCAUCCACAAGAGCAACAUCACCUUGGACAAACUGCCUGCCAGCCAGCGCCGCCGCAGCCUGGCGCUGGGACCUGGGGAACGGGUGGAGGUCCGGGUCCUGAAUGUGGACCCUCAGAGGGGACGAAUCGGGUUGGACCUGAUCCGGGUCCUGCAAUAGUCAUAAUUAAUUCCCGUAAUAUUUUAUAAUUGGAUUUGAUUUAUGACAGGGAAAUACAUACAAAGCUACUGAGAGGCUAAUUACUUCAUGAUGUUUACACUGGUGUGGAUGAGAACUAUAUAUAUAUAGUGUGUGUGUGUGUAUAU